AUGAGAAUAAUUUUCCUGUUCUUUCACGUUCCCUUAACUCUAGGAAAACAAAGCGAGUCAUCAACAGAGCACAUACGACAACAGCAGCAAUCUCUAUACACUUCUGAAGUUCUAGCUGUUGUCGAAUCGGAAUCGAAAUGCUGUGACAAGACAAAUCCAAAACAUUACGACCAAUAUUCUCAUAGCACUGUUCCAGAACAGCAACAUGAUAAUCGCAUUAGUUCAAAACAACGAUCCAACAAUCGCGACAAUAGAAACGUGGAAGAACAGGAAAAUUAUUCUCAUCGUACUGUGUCUCAUGAAUCAGAUGAAGAACACCGAAGAUCGAACAGUCGUAACAAAGGACAUACUGAAGAUCACGAAAAUUAUUGCCGCGCUAAUGCUCCCAUAAAAUCGGAUGAUAAACGCAUUCCUUGCCAAUGGGGAUCAAACUGUCGUGAUAUUGGAGAUGCCAAGCAUCGCGAGAAAUACUCCCACCCAUCUAAUGCUCACAAACCAGAUGAUAAACGCAUUCCUUGCCAAUGGGGAUCAAACUGUCAUGAUAUUGCAGAUGCCAAGCAUCGCGAGAAAUACUCCCACCGAUCUAAUGCUCACAAACCAGAUGAUAAACGCAUUCCUUGCCAAUGGGGAUCAAACUGUCGUGAUAUUGGAGAUGCCAAGCAUCGGGAGAAAUACUCCCACCCAUCUAAUGCUCCCAUAAAAUCGGAUGAUAAACGCAUUCCUUGCCAAUGGGGAUCAAACUGUCGUGAUAUUGGAGAUGCCAAGCAUCGGAAGAAAUACUCCCACCCACCUAUUGCUCACAAACAAGAUGAUCAACGCAUUCCUUGCCAAUGGGGAUCAAACUGUCAUGAUAUUGCAGAUGGCAAGCAUCGCGAGAAAUACUCCCACCGAUCUAAUGCUCCCAUAAAAUCGGAUGAUAAACGCAUUCCUUGCCAAUGGGGAUCACAUUGUCGUGAUAUUGGAGAUGCUAAGCAUCGGGAGAAAUACUCCCACCCAUCUAAUGCUCCCAUAAAAUCGGAUGAUAAACGCAUUCCUUGCCAAUGGGGAUCAAACUGUCGUGAUAUUGGAGAUGCCAAGCAUCGGGAGAAAUACUCCCAUCCAUCUAAUGCUCACAAACCAGAUGAUCAACACAUUCCUUGCCAAUGGGGAUCGAAAUGCCGUGAUAUUGGAGAUGUCAAGCAUCGGAAGAAAUACUCCCACCCAUCUACGGCUCAUAAGUCAGAUGACUAA